AUGAAACCUCUACCCACAGCAGAGGUGAUCCUCCUGGACACUGUCAGCAGCCCCAGUGAGAACAAGAGCUAUGCCAGCUCUUCUGUCACAAGUCCAUUGUGAAGUCAUGUGUGAAUGAAGUCACAGCCAUGCUGAAGCUAAAGCAUUAUCUACCUCUGUAGCUCUGCCUUAUCUUUGUGUAGGGCUCAUGGUCUUGUGACUCCCAAUGGCAAAUACAGUGAGACAGUAGGAAAAUGGAGCGAAGAUGAAACUCACAAGCUCAGAAUGCCCAAUGAUGAAAAGAAGAAGUAUUGGGGCAAGGGGGAGAAACCUCCAACGGCUUCUGGUAUGUUUUUUGAGAACAAUUCAAGGUGCUUAUGCUCACAUUUAAAGCUCAAUAUGGCUUAGCGCCCAGGAAAAUGAAGUUAUACAUUCUCAGUUCCACUUACUGAAGUCAUAUUUGGAGUUGGUGACCAGAAAGAGCCAUCUCAGUGGUGUUCCUUGCCUGUGGAAUUCUCUCCUGGUGCCAACAUUAUUGUGUGUUUUUUGGCAUCAGGCAAAGGGGUAUUUAGUCUCUCAGACUCAUUUAUUAUUGAAAUUUUUACAUAUUGCUCUUCCAUAAAGCUUCAGGAUAAAAUAUAAAUAAUGUUAAAUAAGUAAGAAAAUAGAAAGCAGGAUUUUCUUUUAUCAGUCUUGAACCUACUGCCCGCUGCUUAGCUCUACUGACUGAUCCCAAGUUAUAGUUAUGGGUGAGGAGGAAGAGAAUCAGCUAUCAUACCAAAUAGAGAACACAGUGGCUCAACAGACAGACCUGCAGUGAAUCCUUGUUCAUGAGUCCAGAAAGAUCUUUAUUUAAUAAGAGGUGACUGUCGGCUGUCAUUUCAUGAAGAGAAAACUGUCAUGUGAAUCAGACUUUAAAGAAUGGGAAAGAUGGCUGGAAACAGACAAAAGAUUUUGAGAGAGUUGAAGGCAAUAUGACAGAUGCUCUGUUACCCUUAGGACAUACAGGCUUUUUCUUAGCUCACUCUUGUCUCUCAUCAAAUAAAUUUUGAAACUGGCAAACCUUUGUUACCACUGGUGAUAGUGGGAUAAAGUUGUGUACAAGAGGCAAUGAUUUAUGUCUCAAUACAACCUUCAGUUAUUUUGGGGAGGGGUGUUCUUCCUUCUCCUGACUUGGUGCACCUUAUUUAGAGUUAAUUCCUACAAACAAGAUUUCAAAACCUGUUGGAAUAUAUUCUCGCCUUAAAACAACUUACAGCUCCAUCAUUGAGAGCAUACUCAAAGCAUGUUUUGCUCAAGGUGAUUUCAUUUCCCCCAAUUACCAUGACACUUUUGAUUCUGUGUGGAGGAAGAACGGGGUAUACUCAUUCAGAGAAAAAUUGCUUUCUACCAUGUUGCUUACUCAAGUGGGAAUUUCUAUUACCCUGUGCAAUGGGGAGGAGAUCCUUAAUUUUUAAUAUGUCUGUAAAAUAAAUUCAGAUUGUUUCCUUAAUAGAAAUGUCAAUCCCAAUAGCCAAAAGAUCUCUUCAAGAAGGUGGGGUGCUUUUUUUGAAGUGUACAUUGAACCACCAGCAUUAAGAUUGAUAUCUUUGAGAGGAGAAAUAGCUAUUUUAGUGAAAGGAUUCAUAUUUUCCUAUUUGAAAUAUCCAUCUGUUCUGCAAAUGCAAGAUACAGCAUUUUAGCAGCAAGCAUAGUUUAUUUACUCCCUUCCAUCUUUAAAGAUAUUCAUCUUUUUAUACAUGAGCUCCCCUCUCUAUGCUAUUUGAUUCGGCUGUUGAAAAUUAUCCUGAUUCACAGUGAAUUUUGCACCACAGAGUUCCGUAGUGACUUAUUUCCUAUGGGCCUGAUUGGAGCCUGUUCUGGACAGACACAGUGAAAAGGCCAAAUCCAAAUUGCUUUAUUGCUUAGCAAAAAACCAUCCUCAGUCCUACAGCGGUACAAUGGAAAUCGUGAUAUUACUCAAAAUAAGAAUAAUAUAAUCCAUUGCAAUAGCAGUAGAAGAGAAAGUAGGCUAGCAUCAGACCCAGCUGAGAAUAAGCCCGACCCUGUAAACUCUUAGAUUUGGUUGAGUAGCUAUUUAGAUAAUAAAGUGUUUUUUUUCUUAAUUGGUCUAUGGCCUUCAGAAAACACAGUUUGAUUACCUCCUGGCUGAUUUAAAGCUUAAGAGUAAUCAAGGUUUUCAAGGCUACAUAAUCAAAGGCUUGGUAUCAAAAGGCACUAGAAACUGAGUCACUGAAUAGCAGUAGAUUCAAGCUGGACCAAAAGUUGCUCAAACAAAGCAUCGCUGUCUUAUUGAAUUAAUUUCUACAGGCUAGUGGUGGUCACUAGUUAAGCCUGCUUUUUAAAAAGGAUUAGAUAAAUCUCUGGAGAACAUAGGUCUAUUAAUAAACCAUUAGCCGUGACACAUGAGGCCAGCAACAAAACGUUGCAGUGGAUCCCAUCUCCUAACACCAGUGUUUGUGUUUAAUUGAGUUGGAAUCACUGCCAGAUUGGAGGCCACGGGGCAGGUGCCUUAAAUAUGAGGUGGUUGAGGGCUGCUUCACUGUCAUCCCCCACCACUCCUCCUUCCUCAUUCCCUUGCUAAAUUUGAAAUUUUGUUGCUGCUGUAGCUGUUGAUAUGACAUUAGCAUGGGCACUCUCCCCUGCAGUCUGAGGAAUGGAGGAGUCCCCAUUGUAGAACAGGGAAUUCUGGGUGAGUUGACCCAGGAGAGUGAUGAUGCCACUGCUGUUCUUGCCUCAGCGCAACGGCAGUAGUGGAGGGACUCUCCGCAACCACAUCACCCAGAAUGCCUAAGGGAGGGUCUGGCUAGCAAUCACCGCCUGGCUUUACUCUUGGGGGGGGGGGGCAAUAGCGAAAUAAUCAUCCUUGCAACAGUCUCAUUUUCUGAUAUAUGUCCUUGGUAAAUCACUGCCCCAACAUCCAAUCCUUAUUAUUAUGGUGGUUUGUGCCAUGACAGCUCAUGGUCUGGUGACACUGUCUUCUCCCGCAGUGGUCUCAAACUUUUACUCUGGGCCACACUUUCAGAAUAAAAAAUUGCUUGUGGUGUGCUGAAUGUUUGUUAAUUAGAAAUACAUCGGAAACAAAAAUAUCUCAGCUAGGAUUGUCCUUAGUAUCAUAUGAUGUUAUUGCUCUCAUUUUGAAAAUAUAUCUAUCCAUAUUCUUUAAAGACAGAGAUAGAGAUUAGAUAGAUAGAUAGAUAUAUAGAUAGAUAGAUAGAUAGACAGACAGACAGACAUGGAAAUGUUUAAAUGUUUCUUUGAUUGUCCUCAAAUCUUCCUGCCUCUCUUGCCAUCCUCUCCUGCCACACCAGCGAGGCACACCACAUCCUUUGAGAACCACUGUCCUACUGGCUGGGAUUUUUUCUUCUUCUUCCUUGGCGAUCACUCGUAGCUGAGCAAGAUCAUCUUCCAUAAACACGGUUUUAACAAUGUGUCUGUAAGCGACUGUGGAGGCCAAUUCUGGAGCCACACGUCCUUCCACAGUGGGGACAUUGGUUUCUGGGUGGGAGUUGAUCGCAGUGUGGAUUUGCCAAGCGUGCCUUCCCCUUAGUUGGGAUUUACUGCACAAGCAGUAAAUGGUGCUUUGCUUUAAGUGCACUUCUGUAUUUCAGGCACCAGGAAAAGUGGCAGCUGCUAAUGUACACAACAGACAAUGGAGGAAAGGCAGCAGAAGCCUUGGCUUCUUGCUCUUGAUUUUGGUGGUUUUAUAAGAACACCUUGCAAUGGUGUUACAGUGGAGGGACAGUGUCAGACAAGUGCUCACUCAGUAUCAACUGAGCCCAUCAGCCAGGUUAGAACAGCUGCCCACUUAACCUUAUUUAGGCUCAACAUUUUACUGCUCAAAAUUUCAGUUUAGCCCUAGUAUCAAAGACCGAGGCAGAACCUCGAAUUGUGAAAUGUUGUAGGUUUGGCUGACUUUCCAUUCAGCAGAGUUUCUAUAUCCUCCCUUCAUUUUUAUCUUAGAACUUUAAAGGUAUUCCCCAAUCCCUGCAGGAUAACAGCUAAUUAUUUCAAUAAAGAAUCACAAUUCAUUAUAAUGCUGUUUUCUGCAAGAUUCAGAUAAUCCUCAAAAGCCAAGGCAGUGCAAAUAUAGAAGGAUCAUGUAAAUUCAAGGAAAAAUACAUACCAGAAUCCCAUGAUGUACCGAGUCCACAAUUUCUCUAAUGAACCCCAAGUUUAUUUCAGUGAACUUGAAUCUAUGCCUGACCAGAGUCCCCAUGUGAAAGAACUGGCAUAACCAUACAAAUUGCCUUAAUAAGCAUUGUCAAAGCAGCAAAAAGGUUCAAUGUGAAGGAUGAAGAUAAGAGAUGUUCACUCAGAUUUAAAUGAGAGCUGGGCUCUGAGUCAGUGAGCCUCAGAGUUCCUUUCAUGCAGAUGAAUGCAAGUUUGAUAAUGGAAUAUUAGUCAUUUGGGGAGACACUACUCUCUGUUGUAUGGACCAUGUUGCCAUUUAUGUGAGACACCUGAAAAUUUCUCAGGGAUGUCCAAAGUCCCUUUCGGGGGGCUAAUCUGGCCCGCCGGUUGGUUUCAUCCAGUCCCUGUGGCAGAUGGUUUCCUGCAGUAAAAUCAUAAAAAAAACCCCUCAACAAUUUCAAUCCUAAAAAAAGAUCAACAACUUUGGUCGCCUCUCACAGCCCUUCACUUCAUCAAAUCUGGCCCUCUUUGAAAACAGUUUGGACACUACUGCCUGAAAUGAAUGGGGAACAUUCAAAACUGAAAACACAAAUUCAGAAUGGAUUGUGUGGGAAAACUUUAUGCUCUGCAAACUGAACUCCAUAUUGUAAUUUUUUUAAAAAAAAUAUAUCCUGGGAAAUAAACAUUCAGGAAGGUGUUAUUACAGUAUGCAGCCAAUCACAUUCUGAUGAUCUAAGUCAGCCUUUCUCAACCUGUGGGUCCCCAGAUUUUGUUGAACUACAACUCCCAUCACCCGUAGCUAGCAAGGCCAGAGCUCAGAGAUGAUGGGAUUUGUAGUCCAACAACAUCUGGGGACCCACAGGUUGAGAACCACUGAUCUAAGUAGAAGUGCAGUCAGUUGAGAAAGUAUGGGCAUUCUAAAUGAAAUAUAAAGCAUGAACUUACCCAAAGUGAUUGUCCUAUUGAUUUGAAUGCAGACUUUUUCCAUAUUGCCCUAAUUCUGUCUGCACUGGUUGCAUUGGGCCCAAUUUAAGGUGCUACUGUUAGUGUGUAAAGCCCUAAAUAACUUAGGAUUUGGGUAUUUUAUGGUAAAGUUCGACCCUGAGCUCAGGUGAGGGGGCUUCAUAUGCAGGCCUGCUGGUGAAAACCAUGGUAACAUGGUUGCUCGCCAUGUUAGGAUACUCUGGAUCUCCUCUUAGAGGCAUGUCCAGCCACAAUGAUGUUGACUUUCUGCCAGAUAGUGAAGACUUCCCCCCAAUUUAUUUAUUUUUUUUGGGGGGGGGAGCUGAUUAGUCUACUGUGGCCUUUAGAUUUCCCUAUUUUAUUGCAUUCAUUAGAUUAUAGUAAAGUACACCAAUAAUCUUAAUAGCAUUGGGGUUACCCAAACCCAUUCCUUCAUAUGUAUUGUUUUAUUAUGACUGGAAGCCAGUUUUGGACCUUUUAUUAAAAAGCAUUGAAAAGUAAAAUAUUUUAUCCAAUGCUGGAUGUGUGGAGUUUGAUGGAUCCACCCCCCUGCCAGAUCUGCUCUGAAGUGUCCUUCUCUAGAGCAGAUUUUGAGUCUGGAGAGAGGAGACAAGGGGGAAAUUCUGUUCUUAAUGCCGAAUGAUGGCACAAUAAAUUAAUCAAUGGAAAAGAAGUCUGAUUUUUAUUAUUAUUAUUAUUAUUAUUAUUAUUAUUAUUAUUAUUAUUAUUAUAAAAAACUAUAAAAAUCUUUACAGGCAUCUCGGGAAAGAAUUAUGGGACAAAGCAAUUCCUUACAACCUUUCAAGUGGCUACGCUGAAUAUCUGGUACAGAAUACAACUAGUACCCCCUAGUAGCUGGUAUUCUGCUCAACAUACCAAUGAUUUUUUUCAUUGACCUUGACUCCUGUUUCUGUGGCCACUUUGCUGAGAGUUGACUGUAAGUGCUCACUGUUUCAUUCAAUUACAGCUUUAAAUUGGUGAUUAGCCAAUUAAUCCUCACAGAACCUGGAGGGAUUCAAGUGUUAUUGAAAUCUGCAAAGUGUUUUUCAAGAUAUCAAAGAAAAUUCAAGUGCAGCAUCCUCAAUGUGAGUAAGACCAUUACAAUAAUGAACUUAUUUGAAGGGCAAUCCACAAUAACAGCUGCCGAUAAACGAAGCCCUUUUACAUAAAGAAACACACAUUGUGUUGGCUUCAUGGAAUCCUAUGUCAGCUUUAAAUAUAGAAUGUGCAAACCAGGUCAUACAUUUUUGCAAAACAGAACAUUGCAUAUAUUUAUGCAGCAGUUCAGAAGUAGUCAGAAAAUUUUAUUUUAAUAUGAUAGCCUUCUCUCUAGACACUUCAAUCCAGUAACUGUUUUGUUCAAUAUUUUGGUGUUUCAGUAGCCAACAAAAAAGAUGGGUGACUAUUACAACCAACUUUAAGUUUUAAAGAAAAGAGGAAAUCCAGCGGAUCAUACUUUUAAGUAAAGUGGGUAGGACUUGUGCCUUUUACAUAUGUAUAUACUUGAAUGAGCACUUUAGGUUAGUUUAUUACUGUUUUUAUAUUUGAGUAUUUUGAAUGUAGAGUUUGGUUUUGGGGGUAAAUUUAUUUUGGUAUGUACUUCCAUUCAAGGAGUGAUGGGGUCUGUUGGGACAUGUUUCUACACCAAGACAGAAGUGUGUGGGAUUCUUAUCCAAGAGAUGCUGUUUGCAGAUGAAGCAUUGCCAAUAGCAUACUCCGAGGAAUCUCUACAGAGACACAUCAAUCUUUGCCCAAGCUUGAAUGGAGUUUGGCCUCACCACCAGUCUCACAAAGACCAGCAUCCUGGGUCUAGAUGUCAUCGGCACUCCAUGCGUCAGCACUGGUGACCACAUGUUUGAAGUAAUAGACAACUUUGUCUUCCUCUCCAUCAAUGCUGAGCUGGAUUAGCUUCUUGGCAAGGCAACUACAGCAAUGGCUUGCCUCUCCAAAAGGGUAUGGAAUAAUGUGAUACUAAUGUUCAAUAUGGGACACGGGUGGAGCUGUGGGUUAAACCACAGAGCCUAGGACUUGCCGAUCAGAAGGUCAGCGGUUCGAAUCCCCGUGACGGGGUGAGCUCCCGUUGCUCGGUCCCUGCUCCUGCCAACCUACCAGUUCAAAAGCACGUCAAAGUGCAAGUUGAUAAAUAGGUACCGCUCUGGCGGGAAGGUAAACGGCAUUUCCGUGCGCUGCUCUGGUUCGCCAGAAGCAGCUUAGUCAUGCUGGCCACAUGACCCGGAAGCUGUACGCCGGCUCCCUCGGCCAAUAAAGCGAGAUGAGCGCCGCAACCCCAGCUUCGGCCACGACUGGACCUAAUGGUCAGGGGUCCCUUUACCUUAAUGUUCAAUACCAAGAUGAAGAUCUACCAGGCUUGUGUGUUGAGCACGCUGCUUUGUGGAAGGGAGUCGUGGGCAACUUGCACCCUCCAGGAGUGACAUCUCAAUGCCUUACGUAUGUGCUGUGUGUGGAAGAUUUUGGGCGUCACAUAACAGGACAGAGUCUCAAACAAAGAUGUGCUCUCCCAAGCUCACAUUCCCAACAUGCUUUCACUUCUGUCUCAGCGACAUCUACCCUGGCUUGGACAUAUACACAGAAUGGAAGGUGGCAGGGUCCCCAAGGACAUGCUCUAUGGCAGGCAUAGGCAAACUCGGCCCUCCAGAUGUUUUGGGACUAUAGCGCCCAUCAUCCCUGACCACUGGUCCUAUUAGCUAGGGAUGAUGGGAGUUGUAGUCCAAAAACAUCUGGAGGGCCGAGUUUGCCUAUGCCUGCUUUAUGGGGAGCUGGUUUCAGGCACUAAGCCUAUUGUCAGACUAAAUCUGCAUUACAAAUGUGCCUGCAAACAUGACAUGAAGGCUGGCAGCAUUAACCUGCCAUUUGGGAAUCCCGUUAGACGAUUGUGGUGCUUGGAAACAGACACACAUUAUUUGACUGGAGAACUGCACUGCAAAAUUCAAAGAAGAGCAAAUCUGAAGGAUGGCUGUGUUUCAAAAAGUGCAAGUUAAUUAGAUUCACCUUUAAAUGUGAACAAUAUCUAAUUUUUCCCCCAUCCCAAGUGGUGAGGUGCAGGUUUCUGUGUCUCCUGCUAUGUGCUAAACUUUUAAUGUGACCCAAAGCAUGUGCACUCCAAGUAGGCCCUGACUACACAAGCAAAAAAAUAAAAAUAAAAGUUGGAUGAUACUCAUUCGUAAAGUCUAAUCACACAGUGAUUUAGUAGUGGUGAUUGCUUCAGAUUGCACAUUAAUGGUGGCUGGAUCAAUGCUUCCAAGGACCAGUGUUGAACUUUCUCUUUGCUAGCUUGGUGUGAGAGAUAUCCAGAAUGCCUUCGUGAAAUCUCAUUGUUAUCUCUUUUUUGCUUUUCUCAGAAUAAUCUGGAUGCUUCAUUCCGAAGAGGAAAGCCAAAUUUACAUUGA